UCCACCACUCCUCCACCUAAUGUGUUAGGAGCUAUGGACCGCAGAAAGAUGGAUCGCUUCUCGUGCAGUGUGAUUUUGAUCGUGGCCAUUUCCAAAGCGUUUGAACUGAAAUUCGUCGCUGCCGGGUUGGGCCACCCCCAUGAACUUGCACGUCCCUCUCAGGGAGACCCCGCCUUAAGAGAUGACGGCAUCCGGUCCCAGGAGGAGCCUGCAGUUCGCCAUCGAUCUUUGCAGUUGGUGUCGUCCUUUGGAAUCCAGGACAGUAAGGAGCUAAACAAAACCUGCUGUCUGAACGGGGGAACCUGCAUGCUGGGGUCCUUCUGUGCCUGCCCCCCCUCCUUCUAUGGCCGGAACUGUGAGCAUGAUUCACGCAAAGAGAACUGUGAGUCUGUGCCCCACGGCACCUGGCUGCCCAAGCGAUGUUCCAUGUGCAAGUGCUGGCGCGGCCGGCUUCACUGCUUUCCUCAGACCUUUCUCCCGGGGUGUGAUGGCCACGUGAUGGAUGAGUACCUCCUGGUUUCCAGGACUCCAGAAUUAACACUGUCUUCAAGCAUCACUUUUUCGAUAGCUGGCAUCUGUCUCGCUAUACAAAGUUACUGUUAA